GCAAAUAAUCUUGGGCACCGAGGCAAGCAGCAACUCCGCGGAGAAUUUGCAUGCAGACGCCGUCUAAAAAUAGGCUUUCUUCUCCGUCGCAGCUCCGGCAGAUGUCCUUUUCAGUCACCUUCACAAAACAAAACCAAAAAAAAAAAAAACGUCAACAACGUGAAAGACGUGCAGAUACGCCAAAGCGUGUUGCGGGACAGCAGCUUCUAGAGCACAGCAACAUACUACGUGCAAGAAUCCGGAUUGACUGUUGAAUGACAAUUUAACGCGCAGAAGAUUUUUUUUUUAAACUCUGAUUUUUCCCCCCUUCCUUUUCCAAGUGGCGGUAAGUGCUCUGCUGGUUGGUGUUUGGCUGCAUGAGUUAAGAGACCGUUUGACUGCCUGGCUAGAUGGCCCAGCGUGUACACGACCAUCAGAGAGGACUACCAGUGGCCCAGGCCACAGUGCUGUCUUUACCACCCUCUAGUCAAGGAAACGACUUCAAACAGGCAUGGACUGUGUUGGACUCCCUGCUGUGUGGCGCUUUUGCUGGCGCUGUGGCCAAAACAGUCAUCGCUCCUCUGGAUCGAACCAAAAUCAUCUUCCAAGUGUCCUCAAACCGAUUUUCUGCCAAGGAGGCCUUCCGGCUCAUCUACUGUACUUAUAUGAAGGAUGGAUUUCUUAGUCUGUGGCGGGGAAACUCUGCCACCAUGGUGCGGGUCAUCCCAUACGCUGCCAUCCAGUUCUGCUCCCAUGAACAGUAUAAAGAAUUACUGGGGAGUUACUACGGUUUUCAGGGAAAAGCCCUUCCUCCUUUUCCCCGCUUCCUGGCAGGUUCGCUGGCCGGUACCACGGCUGCCAUGCUCACCUACCCACUGGACAUGGUGCGAGCCAGGAUGGCAGUCACUGCCAGAGAAAUGUACAGCAACAUUAUGCACGUGUUUGUGCGAAUCUCCCAGGAGGAAGGUUUGAAGACCCUCUAUAGAGGUUUCACGCCCACCAUCCUAGGAGUUAUCCCGUAUGCCGGGAUCACAUUCUUCACCUACGAGACCCUCAAGAAACUCCAUGCAGAAAAGACAAAAAGACCUCAGCCGUACCCUUACGAGCGCCUGGCCUUCGGGGCUUGCGCGGGCCUGAUCGGACAGUCGGCUUCAUACCCGCUGGAUGUGGUCCGUCGGCGCAUGCAGACAGCUGGCGUUACCGGCUCAUCGUGCCGCACAAUCGUGGGCACCAUGCGUGAGAUAGUGACGCAGGAGGGUGUGGUACGUGGACUAUACAAAGGCCUGAGUAUGAACUGGGUCAAAGGCCCCAUCGCUGUGGGGGUGAGUUUCACUACAUUUGACCUCACACACAGCCUCCUGCACAAGUUGCACCAGAUGGGGUACUUCACUCAUUGAACCAGCAGGGGGCGAUGGGGGACCAUCAGACGCGAAUGAUGACACUACCGUCCCGUCAGCCUGACAGAUUUUGAAUGUAUUGCAGCAACACUGUCCAUCCACUCGUCACUCCAGGGCUCCUCAUCUGCACUCGCCUUCUGUCUUCAGAUGGGGAUUGCCAAGAGUAUGUUUGUGUCGCAGAUGUGAACCAUGGGCCUGGGGGUCUGCUGAGUGCACACUCGCUCAGCCUCUAUAACCCGUGUUCACUCACAGUCAGGAUUCACUUGUCGUUCAAGAAGACGAUAGUUGGAUACGAAGACAAAAAGUAAAAAAUCUCAGCGGCUUCAUAUUGUUAAUUUCUUGUUAGGAUUCAUUCUAGCGUAGCUUCGAAGUCAUGGUACGGUAAUGGCGGUUAAAGUGACUUUCGCUGGCCGUGUGGAUGACGACGCCCGGCUGUGUGAUGUCCUUUUUUGCUCAGUGGGAGGUGCAUGCACACACUUUGAUAUUAACAAAGUGGUUUUAAAUGAUUUUUCUCAUUUCAAUAAUUUUUUAUUUCAAUGCCAGUUUAUUUCAAUAUAAUCGAUAUCAGUGGGAAAUUUAUUCUUGCAUUAAUCUUAUUCUUCUGUUAUCAUUCUUCUUUUUUUUAUGAUGUCAAGUAGUCUUAUGAUUUAGUGUUAUACUUUGUUGGUGUAUUUAGCUCAGUCAGUCAUGAUCAGACCGGCUGAGUGGUAUAUCCAUUAACGUGUAAUGAUUCACCUGACGCGCCUUGCCAUGAGAAAGAUCAUUUAGCGGGUUUACUAUACGACUCACUUAGGUGACAGGGGAGAUUUCCACAGAGCUUGAUGCAGUUUGUCAAUAGCUUGAGUUGCCAGAUUAGUUGAGAUGUGUGUGUGUGUGUGUGUGUGUGUGUGUGUGUGUGUG